GCGCGCAGCCAGGAAACCACGACGGACGGGCGGCGCGCGCGCUCACCCACCUCCCACCCUUUUCCCCGCCCCCUCCCGCUCUCCUCCCCAAACGACGGUGGCCGCACAGGGAGGAAAAAGCGGCGGUCGCACGUUCGGUCGCUCCAGCGGGGGAGAGCCAGGCGGCGAGCCGGGGCUGGGCAGGCAGGCGCCGCGCGUGCGCAGAGGUGUGGUCGGGGAAGGUGCGCUGAGGCGAUUUGGAGGCGCAGCGCCGGGGAGUUGAGGUGAGGUCGGGCUGAGCCGAGCCAGGCGAGGUUUCAAACCAUGUGUGCUCAGUACUGCAUCUCCUUUGCUGAUGUUGAAAAAGCGCACGUCAACAUUCGAGAUUUUAUCCACCUCACACCAGUGCUAACAAGCUCCAUUUUGAAUCAAGUAACAGGGCGCAAUCUUUUCUUCAAAUGUGAACUCUUCCAGAAAACUGGAUCUUUUAAGAUUCGUGGUGCCCUUAAUGCAGUCAGAGGCUUGAUUUCUGCCACUUCAGAAGAGAAGCCCAAAGCAGUUGUUACUCACAGCAGUGGAAACCACGGCCAGGCUCUCUCCUAUGCUGCCAGAUUGGAAGGGAUUCCGGCUUAUAUUGUAGUGCCCCAAACAGCUCCCAACUGUAAAAAAUUGGCAAUACAAGCCUACGGAGCCUCUAUAGUGUACAGUGGAAACAGUGAUGAGUCCAGAGAAAAUGUUGCAAAAAGAAUUGUGGAAGAAACAGAAGGCACCAUGGUACAUCCCAAUCAGGAGCCUGCAGUGAUAGCUGGGCAGGGGACAAUUGCCAUGGAAGUGCUGAACCAGCUCCCCUUGGUAGAUGCACUGGUGGUACCGGUAGGAGGAGGAGGAAUGGUUGCUGGAAUAGCAAUUACAGUGAAGGCUCUGAGACCUAAUGUGAAGGUAUAUGCUGCUGAACCCUUGAAUGCAGAUGACUGCUACCAGUCCAAACUGAAAGGAGAACUGAUCCCCAAUCCUCAACCUCCAGACACCAUAGCAGAUGGGGUCAAAUCCAGCAUUGGCCUAAACACCUGGCCUAUCAUAAGGGACCUUGUGGAUGACGUCUUCACUGUCACAGAGGAUGAAAUUAAGUCUGCAACCCAGCUGGUGUGGGAGAGGAUGAAACUGCUUAUUGAACCUACAGCUGGUGUUGGAGUGGCUGCUGUGCUGUCUCAGCAUUUUCAAACAGUUUCCGCAGAAGUAAAGAACAUUUGCAUUGUGCUCAGUGGUGGAAAUGUAGACUUAACCUCCCUAGCUUGGAUGAGGCAGGCUGAAAAGCCAGCUCCUUAACAUUCUGUUUCUGUUUAAUAUGUGCAAAAGGACAAAAAGGGAUUCAAUGUCUAGAAUAGACACCUGGAAAUUUUGUCUCCUGGUCACUGUCAACUUCCUAAUCUUCCCCUCUUAAACACCUUUCAAACUCCUGAUGGAGAAUGGACAUUUCAGUAAGAUUUAAUAGUUUUCAGACUAAGUAGGGAUAGAAAAACAUCGAUACUUAACUGAGACACCUUGUUAAGGCUAAGAAAGUCUUCCGCAAAAAGGAGUAGAGACCCCUAAGCCUAUGCAGAAAACAAACUGCCCAGUCACAACCUACGGGCUCCCACCCCCAGAGUGCUAACUGGUAGCAACAAGACAGAAGCCCACAGAAUCCAUUAUUCCAUGUCCUCUUCAGGUACUGUUGAAGAGAUCUCAUUUUUCACCCAAGGUACUGGAUCCGGUACAUAUGGAUCAUAAGUCCAUUUGGGGAAAACUCGUUUAUAGAGGUUCAUCAGUACUGUGUCCUGAGAUUUUAGCUUCCCAUCAAAACUGCACUUCAUGUGGCCAUGAGUACCUAGAAAGAAAACAGAGCUAGUUAAAUUAAAACAGAACAAUUUUAAAGCAGUGGCCUUUUAACCCAAUAAUCAUUUAGUAGCACUGGGGAAAUCUAAACAAGAUCCCAAAUCCCACAUUCUCUUACCUAAAGGCUCCUUGAUGUGUCCCCUACGUCCCCACUUUGUUCUCAGUUCCACUGGUUUAAACCACAGCACAUCCUCUUAGAAUGAAACACACACAGAAGACCAAGAUGAAACAUUUACCCACAAAAUUAAACCCAACCUCACCCCACAGAGGAAGCCAGACCCCGUCCUUCACACCUACCUCUGCUGAAGAACAUGUAACGCACCACGGCCAUCUUAGUAAAAAUUUUAAAAGGAUGACCACUCAGAACAACUCUCUUGAUGACCAUUCUGUCUGGAUCCACUGACAAUAGAUGGCCUGUGGCAAUGAGACUGUGCAUUCCUAAGGGGCAAAGGCAGAGGGGCAGGAAGUCUAUUAAGUCAAAGCCUUCAUUCAGCGUCCAGUCUAUUUAAAGACCUGUGCAAGAUCUUUGAAAAAUCUUUUUUUUCCCCUUAAUGGCUGUACUCACGGCAUAUGGAAGUUCCUAGGCCAGGGACUAAAUCCGAGUUGCAGCUACUGUGCCAGAUUGGGUAUGGAACCCAUGCCUCCUCAGCAACCAAAGCUGCUAAAGUCAGAUUCUUAACCUACUGUGCCACAGCAGGAAUCCCCUUUUUCCCUUCCUUCCUUCUUUCUUUUUUAAAAAAUUCAGGACAUCUUAAGGAAGGGAUAUACUAUGCUGCCCUCCUGGGUCCAUGGCAAAGAUGACUACGUGACAUGCCUGCUGAGCCUGUCCUCAGAACCUACCCUAAAUAUAGCAGCCUCUACCAAUUAGCCAAGGUUUGCAAACAAGAUAAAACCUUAUUUGUCAUCCCUGCCUCAGACCCACUCUGAGGCUGAGAUUCAGACAUUUUGAAAACAACCAUUACCUUCUUUGUACCAUUGUGCUCCCAAAUGUAAAUAAAGCAGUUUAAACUUA